CGUCAGCGCUCCGACUUCCUCCCUACGCCGCCUCUGAUUGGCUGCUGGGCGUAUAAGAAACGGUGAAUGAGCGGCUGACCCUUGCAGAAACUUGCUGGAGGUCUCCGGGUGGCAUAUACCUUUCCUCCCUCGUCCAUCCGCGGGCAAGCCGAGCCGGGGGAGGAUGAGGUCGUCCUGUGUCCUGCUCACCGCCCUGGUGGCGCUGGCCGCCUAUUACAUCUACAUCCCCCUGCCCAGCUCCGUGUCCGAUCCCUGGAAGCUGAUGCUGCUGGACGCGACUUUCCGGAGCGCACAGCAAGUGAGCAACCUGAUCCACUACCUGGGCCUGAGCCAUCAUCUGCUCGCACUGAAUUUUAUCAUCGUUUCUUUUGGCAAGAAAAGCGCCUGGUCGUCUCCUCAGGUGAAGGUGACCGAUACUGACUUUGACGGUGUGGAGGUCAGAGUGUUUGAGGGCUCCCCAAAGCCAGAAGAGCCUUUGAAACGCAGUGUUGUUUACAUCCAUGGAGGAGGCUGGGCUUUAGCCAGUGCAAAAAUCAGGUAUUAUGAUGAACUGUGCACAGCAAUGGCUGAAGAAUUGAAUGCUGUCAUUGUCUCCAUUGAAUACAGGCUAGUUCCAAAGGUUUAUUUUCCUGCACAAAUUCAUGAUGUUGUACGUGCCACGAAGUAUUUUCUGCAGCCAGAAGUCUUACACAAGUAUUCGGUUGACCCGGGCAGAAUUGGCAUUUCUGGUGACAGUGCUGGUGGGAAUUUGGCCGCUGCUCUGGGCCAACAGUUUACUCAAGAUGCCAACCUCAAAAACAAGCUCAAAGUGCAAGCUUUAAUUUAUCCAGUUCUUCAAGCUUUAGAUUUCAACACGCCCUCUUACCAGCAAAAUGUGAACACCCCAAUCCUGCCCCGCUACGUCAUGGUGAAGUACUGGGUGGACUACUUCAAAGGCAACUAUGACUUUGUCCAGGCGAUGAUUGUUAACAACCACACUUCGAUGGACGUGGAAGAGGCAGUUGCCCUCAGGGCCCGUCUAAACUGGACGUCCCUCUUGCCUGCAUCCAUCACAAAGGACUACAAGCCUGUGGUGCAGACCACCGGCAACGCCAGGAUUCUGAGGGAAAUCCCUCAGCUGUUGGAUGCUCGCUCGGCCCCGCUCAUUGCAGACCAGGAAGUCCUACGGCACCUCCCAAAGACCUAUAUUCUGACGUGUGAGCAUGAUGUCCUAAGAGACGAUGGGAUCAUGUAUGCAAAGCGUCUGGAGAGUGCAGGUGUGGAGGUGACCCUGGAUCACUUUGAGGAUGGCUUCCAUGGAUGCAUGAUUUUCACCAGCUGGCCCACCAACUUCUCAGUGGGAAUCCGGACUAGGAAUAGUUACAUCAAGUGGCUGGAUCAAAACCUGUGAAAGAGGAAAAUUUCCAGAAUCUUGACCUCCUGCACCUGCUUUGGAAAGAGAUGCACUUUUUAGUUGAUUACUUUCCCCUUGUUACUUGUGAGUUAUGGAAUCUCCAUUCCCUGCAGACUUUAUGUUAAUUUAAUUUUUGAAAAAUGUGUUUGACUAACGUAAGUACAAAAUGUCUAAAUCUGGUUCUCCAAGUGGACCAGUCUUUCUGUUCUUGUUUGUUUUUUGUGUUUUGUUUUGUUUUGUUUUGUUUUGUUUUGUUUUGUUUUUAGCCAAACUACCACCAAUACUCACGGCUACAGAAAGCAGGACUAGGAGCUGAAAUAGCUUUGCGUUCUGUCUUCGUCAAGGAAUUCUUUCCAGAAGAAAUUCUUCCAGCUGUGGGUGGCAUAUGUGGGCUCUUCUUUAGCUUGUAGAGUUUACUUUACAUUCAGAGCAGUGUUACUUGUGUGCACAUUAAGGUCAGUGUUAGAUACCAAACGCCCUCUGUGCUUUAUGGAUAGAUGGUUUUGUUUCCUAUGGGAAUUUCAACAAAGGUGUUCUAGCAAGGACAAAUUUCUCAAAUAACUUUCUUCCUUUAGAGUGUUAAUUUUAUGGGAUAGCUCUCUGUAAGUCCAGUUGGAUGAUGACGAUACUUGAAGGUUACUUUCUACCACUAUUAUUAGAAAAUAUACGAUUGCAUGUAGUGGAUAUCUGUACAUUGUAAAGUUUUUUGGUUAUGCUGUCUCCAUAGGGGAGAUCUUUUGGGAGCAAAUUCAUUUAGAUUUAGGAUAAAUUUGUCAUUACAGAAACAAGUGAAAACAGACAAAUGAACUAACUUAUUUAUUUUCAUAAUGAAUACUUCUGACAUAAAUUACCAAGAGCAGUGUGUAUAUUUUUGGCAUAGUCAGAAAAGAAGAUACAUUUAAUAUUGAAAUUAUGAAAAAAUACCUUUAGAAGGUCUAGUUUAUUCUUGAAAACUCAACUUUUUCACUUACAUGGCUUUAAAAUGGGGCUAUUUUGGUAUAUAUAUAUAUAAUACCAUAUAUAUGGUAUUAUAUAUAUAUAUUUGGUAUAUAUAUAUAACCAUAUAUAUAUAUGAAAUGUAUUGUUUAUUUUUUUAAGUUAUUUAAUGUUAAUAUAUACAGCUCGACUUAAGAUUUUUCAGAAUAACAUCUAUGAUGAAUACUAAAAAUAACGAUAUUUUUUAAGAAACUACCUUAGAAUUAUAUCCACAUGUAAUUUUAUGGAAAGAGGUAAAGUAGCUAUUAAUACUACUGUACAUUAGGCUUAAAUAUUUUGAUGUCUCUAUGCAUAUACAAAUUAAAGUAAUUAGAAACUGUGACUACACUUAGUAAAUUCAUCUAAGUUGACAGUUGGAGAAUUUAGGUAAGACACACACUGCUCAAUUCUGCCCUUUGUGGUGAGAGGAACGCUAGCUCAUAUUCUCCAGGGUGAUGCAUACCUGGUUCCUUCACCUCUUUUCUGUCUCCUUCCAGCCUGGUCUAGGAGUUACAAUAGCCCAAGCUUGACUUUGUGUAAAGCCUUCACUGCCAGUGGGAACAUCUUCGGCAUAGCAAGGGACUCCAGUUGUGGUUUGAGUGCCUCUGCCCUCCUUCCUGCCACUUUUACCACUGCCCCCACCCUGCUCUUUGCAGGGACUGCCAAGGCCAGGUCAUGAUACAGCCAGUUCAUCAGUGGAGAGGAAGAGGAACCUUUUCACUCAUUUGAAAGAUGGGCAUUUCCUACUUCUGGCAAAGAAAUAAGUGAAAGUGUACACCCUUCUUUUUCUUUUUUUUUUAUUAAAAAUGUUUUAAAUGUUUACUUAUUUUUGA